CUCACCGCCUGCCCGCUCUUCUCCUCUCACUUCAGUCUCUUUGAGCGUUUUUGCCUCCUCCGCUGGAAGAUCCCCAUCUCUCUGCAUCUCUCCCUCCCAAUCCAUCCAUUCGUCAGUCACUUCCUUCGCUCAUCUCUCCAGCAUGUCGCUGAAGGUCCAGACCAGUAAUGUGACCAAUAAGACAGAUCCAAAGUCUAUCAAUUCCCGGGUGUUUAUCGGCAACCUGAACACAGCGGUGGUGAAGAAGUCAGAUGUGGAAAGCAUCUUCUCCAAGUAUGGCCGGGUGCUGGGCUGCUCAGUGCACAAGGGCUACGCCUUCGUCCAGUACGCCAGUGAGAGGCACGCCAGGGGGGCUGUGAUCGGGGAGAAUGGCAGGGUGCUGGCCGGACAGACGCUGGAUAUCAACAUGGCUGGAGAACCGAAGCCAAACAGACCCAAAAUCCUGAAGCGAUCAGCAGCUUCUCUGUACAGUGGCUAUGAGUUUGACUACGAUUACUACAGAGAAGACUUCUAUGACAGGUUGUUUGAGUACCAUGGCAGGGUGUCACCGGUCCCUCGAGUGGUGCCUGUUAAACGCCCACGGGUAGCGGUGCCUCUGGUACGACGGGUCAAAUCCUUGCCAGUCAAACUGCUGGCACGUAACGCCUCCGUCCUCCCCACCAGCAACGGCAACAAACAGAAGGCAGUGAAAGGUGCAGAGCUUCAGGCGAUCAAGUCAGAGUUGACUCAGAUUAAAGCCAACAUCGAAGCUUUGCUGGGCAGACUGGAGCAGAUCACAGAAGACACACACAUCACCGCCACAGAGCUGAGGAAGGCAGACGAGUGUAAGAGCGAGGAGGCGUGGCAGGAAGGGGAGGAGUCAAGCUCAGAGCUGGAGGACGAGGAGGAGCACAGACAGAACAGCGAAGCUGAAGAGGAGGAAGACGAGGAGGAGGAGGAGGAGGAGGAGGAGGGAGAGCACACGCAGGACGACACUCAUGACCACAUGCCGGAGAACAGUCGCCUAUCAUCAGAGAUGGACUCCAUUCACCCAUGAGAGGUGAGUGUGUC